AUGACAAUUAGAACUAGUGGUGGUAACAGCAGCAAUAACAUCAACUCUACCGGUGGUGUUGUAAACAAGAUUUUAGAAUCAAAGUUAUGUUAUGUAGAUGGUGGAGGUGUAACAUUAAAAGAUAAAAAAGUAGUUCAAGAGUUAAUCAUUAAAUAUGGUGGUUCCAUCACUACUUUAUUAAAUCAAAAAGUAUUAUUAUCAAAAGAUAAUAAUAAUAAUAAUGAUAACCAACAAGAAGGAGAAGAAGAGAAUGAUGAUGGUAAUGAAUUAUUAGAUGUAGAUGAAGAUGGUAAUCAAUUGGAAAAGACACCAAGAAAGAAAAAGAAUAUGUUUUUGGAUGAUUUAUCAUUCAAUAUUAGAAAGGCAUUAAAGUUUAAUAUACCAGUGGUCACUAAACAAUAUGUAGAGGAUUCUGCUCAAUUUGGAUCUUUACUAUCACCUGAUGAAUAUGCAUUGGCAUCACUGUACAACAUUAAUGAACAUCACUUUCAAUCAUUGGAUUUUGGAAAUCUUUUGGACGACGGCAAUGGUGCAACUGCUGCUGGUGGUGCUACGGCUGGAGAUAAAUUCUCACAAUUAAAGAGACAUGUAUACAAGUCAAUUGCUGGAGAUACACCAACCUUUCCAGAAGACAAGUAUCAUGUUGUUAAAUACAGUUUGUUGACCAAUGGAGGUACAAAGGAAUUUGCUUGCAUUGAAGUGCAUGCUGCCGGUGGAACAUUGUCACUCAUACAAAUUGGUGAUGUCAAUACUGUCGUAUCUAAUGAAAGAGAUACGAAUGAUCAGUCGUAUUACCGUGUAUUCCUCCACCAAGGUCGUACUACUGAUAUUGUUGGUACUUCUAAAAAGGAGUGGAUCAGUGCCAGUUCGAUUGCCGACGCACUCUCUAUCUACAACUAUUUAGUCGUUCAAUAUUCGGUCACUAAACCAGGAUACCAAAAACAAACAAUGAUGACAUUGUCUGUAGGUUCUGAUAAACUAACUGCACAGAAUCCAUUGCAACAAUCGUCGACAUCACUACUUCAACCAGAGAUACAACAAUUGGUUGGUACAUUGUAUAAUGAAGCUAUUGCAAGUUUGGAAGACAAGAUGGAUGCCAAAUCAAAGGGUAAACUAUCACUCACUCCAGAGGGUUCACUUCAAACGCCACUGGGAACAGUGUCAUUGCCACAAGUUGAAAAGGCAGAGUUGGUACUCACCCAAAUUGCCACUGCACUUGAAUCAGGAACACCUACCUCUGACCCAGUUGUAACCAAACUCUAUCAAGAGUUGUAUGGUCAUAUUCCACAAGCUCGAUCAUCACCUGAAUCAUCUCUUGGUGACAUUCAAGAUAUGGUACAAUUGAUGAAAGAUCUUUUAAAUGUUGGUGAAUCACUAGGUGUCUCUAAUGCCACCUCAAAUCCAAUCGAUACUAGAUACCGUGCCAUGAGAUGUAAUAUCUCUCGUAUUGACUCUACUUCAAAAGAUUUUAAAAAGUUAUCAUCCCAAGUUAAUUUAAAUCCAAAUCAUAAAAUGAAUAUUAAAAAUAUAUUUAAAAUUGAAAGAAGAGAUGAAGAGAAUUUAACAUUUAAAGUUCAAAAUGUAAAGACAUUGUAUCAUGGUAGUAGAACAAGUAAUAUUUUAGGUAUUUUGUCUCGUGGUUUGUUGACACCAAAGUUGUCGGGAUCGGUAGCAGGUGCAAAGAGACGUGAUGCAGGUUAUUUGGGUGCUGGUAUUUAUUUUGGAACCAAUGCAAAUACUAGUUAUCAAUAUUGUGAUACUCCUGUCAUUGCAUCACCAAAUAGAUUCAUGUUGAUGUGUCGUGUCGCAUUGGGAAGCACAAAGAAAUAUACAAGUCAUCAAACACAGCUUGUCGAACCACCACGUGGUUUCAACAGUGUCCAAGGUGUCGCCAAGAAUGACAAUAACAACUCUCAAUUUUCAGACGAUGAAAUGGUCAUUUUCGAUCCAAAGCAACAAACAUUGCAAUAUCUAAUCGAAUUUGAACCACAAGACAAAUCUUUAAAGCCAAUACCUCAAUCAACUCUAAAGAUUGAAGAAAAGCCUGUCAUCCCAUCUGUUAUUGAUAGUGAUGUUGUUUCAUCUACUGUUCCACCAAAAUCAAAACAAGAAGAGGAACAAGAAGAGGCAAAAGAGUCUGGUUUGAUUGGUGGAGGUGUUCAGAUUCCACUAAAGGCUGUUCAUGUAAGAGCCAAGUUAUUGGAUCUCAUUGGAGAGGUUACCAUCUACCAACACUACAAGAAUACCUCAUCCAAACCAAUAGAAGCCAAGUAUGUAUUCCCAUUGGAUGAAAUGGGAGCUGUAUGUGGUUUUGAAGCAUACAUCAAUGGUAAACAUAUUAUUGGAGAGGUAAAGGAAAAGGAAAAGGCUCACAAGGAAUAUCGCCAAGCUAUUGCCGAAGGUCAUGGAGCUUAUCUAAUGGACGAAGAGAAACCAGAUGUGUUUACAGUCAGCGUUGGUAACUUGCCAGCCAAUGCAGAGGUACUCAUCAAGAUAACCUAUGUCACUGAGCUGAGUGUCGACGGUCUCGACAUUUCAUUUGUUCUACCUGCCAGUAUUGCACCUGCUCAGAGACAACUAUCGGGUGCUCAAUUCACCCAAGCCACCACUUCUACCGUCCAAGUAUCCGAUGAUUCACAAGCCAAUCUAUCGGUUCAAGUAGGUCUUGAAAUGCCAUACAACAUUGUAAAGAUUGUGUCACCAUCACAUCCCAUUCGAUUCAAAAAGACACAUACCAAAGCAACGGUAGAACUAACAAGAGACAGUAAGGCAACCGACACUCUAUCACUUGGUAAAAACUUCCAAUUGUUGAUUGGUCUGGAGGAUGUAUAUUCUCCACGUAUGUGGGUAGAGGUUGACAGUAAAGGACAUCAUGCUUCCAUGUUGGCUUUCUAUCCAAAGUUGGAUUUGGAUACUGGUAUUGCUGAUGCAGAUUCAACUCCACCAACCGACAUCACCUUCCUCGUCGAUUUGAGUGCUUCGAUGCGUGGUGACCCAUUCCAAGACAUGUUGAGAACACUUCGUAUGGCAGUACAAAACCUCCGUGGUAUGAAUGUACGUUUCAAUAUCGUUCAGUUUGGUGAUAUUUACGAUUGGCUCUUUGCUGAAAAUGUUGCACCGACCGAUGCCAAUCUCCAGAUUGCAUGGAACCAUAUCAACACCAAGUUGCAACCAAGCUAUGGUGGUACACAACUUUUACUGCCACUAGAGUCACUCAUCCUUCUCUCUUCCAAUGCCACACCCACUCGUCCAAACAAUAUUAUACUCUUGUCCGACGGUAAUGUCUCUAACGAAUCGACAAUCCAACAAUUGGUCAAGCGUGCAUCAUCAUUUUGUCGUAUCUUUUGUUUUGGUAUUGGUGAGAAUGUAUCUCGUCACUUUAUCAAAUCGAUUGCUCGUUUGGGUGCAGGUCAAUCAGAGUUUAUCACACCAAACAAACGUCCAUCGGCCAAAAAGAUUAUCGACCAACUGCAACGUUGUGUCCAACCGGCAAUGAGCAAUGUCUGCGUCAAGUUUGACUCUACCGACAAGAUUGAACAGUCGCCAUCAGUGAUCACAUCCAUUUUCCGUCAACAACGUCAAGUGAUCUAUGCAUUCUCGGGUAUUUGUACACGUGCCACACUCACCUGUCAAGCACCUGGCGGUGGUCUGCUCACCAACACUGUCCACACACCAGAGAUUGGAUUUAUUCGUGGCAGUUUGAUUCACAAGUUGGCAGCUCGAUCCAUGAUCAGAGAGUACAAUGACGGAUCGUACAGUGAAAACAAAAUACAACACGAAAAGAUUAAACUUGCCAAAAAGAGUGAUGUCAUUGAUCUAUCGAUUCGUUACUCGAUCGUCACUCAAUUCACUUCGUUUGUAGCCGUAGAGAAACGUGAAAAGAAUGAACAACCACUCAAGAAUGCACCACCACUCAAAGAGAUUGUCGAUCAAUACAAGGUUGACGCACUACCAUACAUCCCCUUCCAAGAUGAGCAUGAUGCCGGCAAUGGUGUCGACAAUGAAUCCGAUCCAACCAUGCUCACCAAACGUCAACAACUUGAGAAUCUCAUCGAGGAGAGUAAAGACAAUAACCAAACACUCCGUAUUUUCCAUCAAAUAGCAGAUACUUUUGGUGAUUUCAAUAAUAGAGAAAUCAAUCUAUUGGCCGAAUCAAUUGAUUCAUUCCUCACCGUGACUCAAUCAAAGAUUAACAAACAAGUGCCACAACCCACCACCCCGUCAUCCAAACCAGCCACCCCAUUGGCUCUCAACAAGUUAAAGAGAGAAAAGCAAAAGGCAAUCGACGAGUUAAACUAUCAAUCUCAAUCUAUUCUAAGAUUGAUUGAUUCAUCAUUGACCAAGUGUACCAUUCAAGAACAUGCAAUUGUUUUGUUGGAAAAGAAUGCUGAAAUCAUGGAUGCAUUGUCCAAUGUCGAGAGUAAUGACAUUUCCAGAAAGUCGGUCAUUGAAAAGACAAAAGAGAUUUUCGAUCGUGCCCUUGGCAAGUCUCAACAAUGUCUACCUCCCAAUUCCACAGUCCAUCUACGUCUUGUUAAAAAGGUAGCCACCUUUUAUAAAAAGAUUGGAAAACCGGAAACAGCCAUUCAAUUGGCUAAAAAGUCAUUUGACGAUGCAAUCAGUGAAUUGGAUACACUUUCAGAGGAUAGUUAUUCAGAAUCGACACUCAUCUUGCAAACUAUUCGUGAUGAUCUAACAGAUUGGACACAAGAGGAAAAUGGACCAACAACAUUGAUCAAUCUAACACCAUCUAAAAAGAAACCACAACAGUCUUCAACAGAGAUUGAUCUCGAUCAACCAACACCAUCUAAAAUCAAUCAAUGGUCAAUUGUUGGUGGUGCUACAUUGGACAGUUAUCUUGUUACACCAGAGAAACCAAAACAAAGUUGGUCUGACAUUAUGGAUGAAGAAGAUGAACAUGACAUGAGAUAUGGCGAAGGCGGUGAAGCUGCUCCAUAUGAUAAUUCUUGGGGUGGUGGUGGUGAAUUAUUAGCUCCUAAAGCAAAAUUCAAAGAAGUACUCGAAAAGAAAAAGUGUAAAAAGGAGUCGAAGCCAUCUUUGAAAGAAGAUAGAGGUGGGGCAGUCAGAUCAAGAGAAUCUCGUAUUGUUUCACAUGACUAUGCUCAAAGUUUCGGUUCAUAUGCUCCACGUGAUGAUGCCCCAACUUAUUUACCAACUUAUUCAAGUUAUGAACCAAGUUAUGAACCAAGUUCUCCAAGUUAUGAACCAACUUCACCAAGUUACUCCCCAACUUCUCCAAGUUACUCCCCAACUUCACCAAGUUAUUCACCAACUUCUCCAAGUUACUCAGCUGCAGGUAAUCUAUCAUACUCUGCAAGUAGUUCAUCAUUUUCAAGUUCAAUGUCAGCAGGUGUACCUACAACAUUGUUUGGAGCUACAUCAGUACCAUUGGGAGGAAUGUUUGUCCAACCAGCUGCCAGAUCAUUUGGUGGCAACGGUAUGAUACACCUACCACGUGGUAAAGCUUUGGUUGGAGGACCACCACCACCACCACCAACAACAAGUGCCCCUCCAAGACCAACUCUAGCCCCCAUCACCAAGUCUGCUCCACCUCCACCACCACCACCAGGCAAUGCACCACGUGGUGCUUCUGCUUUUGGUGCACCACCACCUCCACCACUACCAAGUGCUCCUAGACCACCAAGUGCCCCUCUAGCUGCUCCACCUCCACCAGUACCAGGCAAUGCACCACGUGCUGCUUCUUCUCUCUCUGUUGCUGCUGUUAAUGAAUCAGAAAAGCAAUCGUCUCUACUUGGUGCUAUUAAAAGUGGAUUCGCAUUGAAAAAGACAUCUGAACAAGUCAAAAAGGAGAUAAUGAAAGAGGAAGCAAAGUCUGAUAUGAUGUAUACUCUUGCAAGUGCUCUAUCGAGAAGAAGACUUUCGUCGGCACUCAUUGAAGAGGAAAAUAAUGCAGAUCAAGACGACGAUGAAGAAUGGGAUGAUGAUUCUGGUUUGGCAUAUAUGACAGAUUACCCUGAACCUGUAGCCGAAGAAAAAGAAAGAUCAUACGACCGAAAGACCAUCAUAUCAACACCUUAUGCUGCUGAUGAUGAUGAUUCUUCAGAGGGCGACAUGGGAUUCGAUCUAUUUGGCGAUUAUCCAGCUGAACCUAUUGUUGUCAACAAACCAGCAGCUACUACUACCUCUUCUUCUUUUGCAACCACCUCUACUUUACCAAUGGCUGGAAAAAAGAUGUUGGCCAAACAAGUAGUGCAAGAAGAAGAGGAACAAGACAUGGGUUUCGCAGAUGGUGACAUGUUUGACUUUUUCUCAUCAACUCCAGUUGCCAGUGCUGCUGCUGCCAUUGCUAGCUCCUCAUCAUCAUCAUCAUCAUAUGCUAAGAAAUCUGUGGUGAGAUAUGAAGAAGAAGAAGAAGAAGACGAUGGAGCAAUGGGAUUCGGUCUAUUCGAUUAUGAAGCUCCAACUCCUGCUCCUGCUCCUGCUCCUUCUCCUGCCCCUGCCCCACCUGUUAGUAGAGCCCCUCCUGCUCCUACCUCUCGUCCUAAUUCAGUUACUUUGGCUCCUAUCUCUAACCGAUCUUUUGAUAUUCCUUCAGGUGCUUCAUCUAUUAGUUCGCUUCUCUCGAGUACUUUUGGAUCAUCUGCUGCUGCUGCUGACAAAUCAAUGCCAGCUCCCAAACCAAGUGGAAUGAUGAGAAUGAUUCCACAACAACAACAACUACAAGGACAACAACUAGUACUACAACAACAACUACAAGGACAACAACAACAACCACAAAAACUACAAAAGCAAUUUUAUUAUCAACAAGCACAACCACAACAGGCACCAUCUCCACAACCACAACAACUAUCAGCUCUACAACAACAACAAGUACAACAUUAUCAACAACAACUACAACAACAUUCACAACUUGAACUACUAGAACAAAUCAAUGGCAACAAUAACAAUAACAACAUGUACAAGAACACAAACGUGAACAAUAAUAUUGAGAUGUCUAGAACUCUACCAUCGUUCCUUUCAAUGUUUGACUCUAGAGAAAAGAAAGCACAAGAUAUGGCCCCACCCAAAUCCGAACUUUUAAGUACUGGUACUUCAGCCUUUAGGGACUCAUUCUCAAGUAAAGGUGGAAGAGGAGGUUCUGCAAGUGCGUCAGCAAAGAGAAAAUCAUCUCGUGGUAAGGACACAACCAUCACUCAUUGUGGUUCAGAAACAGUUAGUGGUGGUACAGUAGAGACACUCAUCCAAGUAGUAGAUAGUCUAUUGUCUAAUGGAAUCAGAUGGAAAAAGAAUGUUAUACUUCCAUUGAUUGGUAUCUCUGAAUCUGAUAGUUUUAUCGUCAAACAAGGUGGUGAAGAAAGAAUACUUGGUCAAUUAGUAAUGCUCUUUUUGAUUCUUCUAAAGGACAAAUCGAAUCAAGCAGAAAAGCUACUCCAUCAACUAUCACAAAUCUACAGUUACCCAUCAACCAAUUCUCAUUCUCCAAUCUAUCAAUGCCUUUCUCGUAGUACUUUUGUUCAUUUAUUGGAAAUAUAA